AUGUUAGUACAUCUUAAUUUAUGUGAACAUGCAAUGAAGAAAUCUCAAGCUAUUUCACGCAUGAAUAUGGAAGAAAUGCUAAUGUACGAUAAUAUGUCUAGUGAAAUAGAUCAUAAUAUAAAAAAUACAAAAACUGAUAUUGAUCGAGCCAAAAAUGAAUUAAAAAAAGCUAAAACUGUUAGGCGAAACCGAAUGGAAUAUGAUGUACUUGCCAAGCUCAUUAUUCAACAUCCACCCAGAACUGAUACUGCUAAACGCCUUGAUGAUUUAAAAGAUGAGCUCCAAGCAUUAAAAAUGACAAAAAAUGAAAUAAAUCAAAAGCUUGAUAAAAGACGUAAACAAAUGCAUGUACUUAUGUCUGCAUUAAAUGAUCUUACAGAUAGUUUGAAAGAUAAUGGUUCAUUGAGUGAAGAUAUGUCGUAUGAGACAUUUGAUGAUGAAGAUCUUGAUAUUUUAACAAGAAGGGAAGACAUUGAGGAACCAAUGUCGGAAUAAUUAAUAAAGCAAAACAAAAGAAUA